GCGGCGAAUGGCGAGAUGGUCACGGUCUUCAUCGGUCCCACGAGAAAGCGGUACAGCAUUUAUAAAGAUCUCAUCUGUCAUCACUCAGAGUAUUUCCAAGUCGCAUUCAACGGACUGUGGCAAGAGUCAGACAAGGGCGUAACACUAGAGGAUGUCGAGAUCGAAGUCUUCAACCUUUUCGUUCACUGGUUGUACACACAGGAGCUACCAAAGGAUAUGUCCCUCCUACUACAGGCCGCCGGAACAGAUGCUCAACUAGCAAGCGAAGACUCUGAGAAUUCUCACUGGGGCAUACUAUUGCUAAAGUCUUGUAUCUUCGGCGAUCGGUUUUUUGCACCGGGUUUCCAUCGUCUGUCACACAACGUGUUCGUUGAUGGUCACUUCCCAGGAAAGGGAGAGCCGGCCUUCAGCGCUGCAUACAAAACCAUCAUCUGGAGUUUCGGCAACUUGCCGGAAGGUAAUCCGGUCCUUUCUAUGAUGGUGGACCUACAGUGUCUUGCCUGGAAUGCGGAAGACGAUAAUGAAGAGGAAAAGCAGCUGCUUCCACACCUACCACACGAAUUCCUUGUCGCUUGUAUGCUGAGACAGAGUGUGUUGAAGACGUUGAAGAUGACAGACGACAAGUUGAAAGCUUGUGAUUACUACAUGUAG